AUGGGAAACAAGCUUGUGCCAUUUUCAGCUACGGAGAAUCAAACUGCCUGGAUUGACACUAGAUGGCCUCAGAGAUUUAUUUUCACGUUCGACAAUGCUAAUGCUCCGCCGCACAACAUGUCGAAUGGCGAUUUCAGACGAUUUUAUGAGCACGGAGAAUAUGCGCUGAAAAUCCACAGCGACCAUAAAAACCUAACGAUUGUUGCGAUCAAGGAAGACUCACUGGCAUACACGGCCCCUGCCUGGGGAACAUUUACGGCAUUAAUUCUGGCUCAGAUUAUUUAUAUCAUAGACGCUAUGCGAGGCAUUGCGAUCGGCAUUAUGAUCUUUGUGAAUUACGGUGGCGGCGGGUACUGGUUCUUUGAUCACGCUGUUUGGUUUGGGCUUACAGUUGCCGAUCUGGCGAUGCCUUGGUUCAUGUUUAUGAUGGGCGUCUCGCUUACUUUUUCAUUCAAUUCGAUGGUCAAAAAAGGCUGGUCAAAGAUGAAAAUGAUCAAGAAAAUCGCACUUAGAUGCGGAAAACUCAUGGCUGGGGUUGAGGAAAAGUUCGUUUCUCACUUUACUGAUUGUGCAGAAAAUAUUUGGAUUCGCACUAGAAUUAGAACCGAUCCUCGAAGCCCACAUGAAGCGACCGAAAAUUCUUCACCGAAGCUCAUAUUUACGGGGACCCAACAUCUCACCCCGUCUUUUGGCAUGAUGAGUACUGGGGAUCUUCAAGCAUAUGACCCGGAGGGGAUUUUGGGCUCGAUAAAUUCGAUUCUUAUUGUUUAUCUUGGACUACAGGCUGGCCGGAUCUUUAAUUUUUACGAAACCUUCCAACAACGUGCUAUCCGCUUAACGGUCUGGGGCAUUGUGCUGACCGCAGUCGGCGGCGCGCUAACAGGAUUCCAUCAAUUCCAGGAGGGUAGUAACAUUCCCAUUGCCAAGAACUUGUGGACUCUAAGUUUUGUGCUUGUUAUGGCUGGAUGGGGAUUUCUGCUCCUCCUGGCGCUCUACUUUUUGAUUGAUCAUCGGAAACUCUGGGAUGGUGCUCCGUUUUACUUUGUUGGGAUGAAUUCAAUCCUCGUUUAUCUGCUCCAUGAAAUCUUGGAAGGUCAAAUUCCAUUCUGCGGCGACGAGUGUGGCGGUUUCCAAUCGCAUGCUCAAAAAAUAGCGAUGCAGGUCGGGGCUGUUGCGACUUGGUUCCUGUAUCUUUACUGGAUGAAGGAGAAGAAGUUCUUUUUAGUCAUUUGA